AUGAACGAUUCCUUCCAGCAAGGCUUGCAACUCAAGGGCGAAAUAAUGGACUUGGAAUUCACCUUGGACACUGAUCACAGGAAACGGCGGAGAAACCGGACGACUCAGAGCUGCCUUAACUGCCACACAUCUAAGCGCAAGGCAUGUGCUAUGUCGAUUUCCUAUUUCGCUUCGCUCACUCGGAGUAUUCAACAGUGCGACAGGAAGCGUCCUUGCCAGCGUUGCAUACAAUUAGGCUUGACUGGCCUUUGCGUCUACGAGAUCGAUGACCCCGCGUUGAGAGAUGAUCCGUCAGUGGACGAAAACACACGUUUGAGGAAUCGCAUAGCUGAACUCGAGAGUCUUGUGCGGGAGCUACGAGGGAAGCCCCAUCCCAGAUGGGCUGACAGCAGUUUUCGUGAAGGCGACCCCAGUGAGAAGUGGCACUCUCGGGCAUCAAAAUCCCAUGCUAUGACCACCAAGCAAGGCCAGUCAUCGUCGGGCACCAAUAAUCAUGGGCACAGCAUGCGGGUUGGUACCUCUGGUGUCAUUUCUUCCAUGCUGACACCGAUCAAGACUGAAUCCCCGGCGGAAAGCAUGCAGGCGCAUUUGUAUCGGUUCUCCCCUUCACCUGGUCCUCAGUCGGUACGGUACCAUACGUUCCAAGCGGGGGGGCGUUCACCUUCAUCGUCUUCCUUCGAGGGUGAUACUCGACAGUCGUUCAGCGCGUCCUCGUCGGGAAGUACAUCCAUGCCAUAUCAACCCUCUCCGUAUACCGGACACGCCACCGGCGGCGAAUCGCCCUAUUCAGAUACCAGGAGCUGCCAAGAUCAUCGUGGUAAUGGUGGCCAAAGCUACCCACUGAUCGAUAGCAGGACAUACGCGCAAGGUUACGCAUCGUCUAGCGAUCCUCACUGCCCCUGUCGCACGAAUCCCGCAACAGGGCAUGCCUAUAUAUCCUUGUCCCAGCAACUCCAAAGCACCAUUAAUUCCGUCCGGCAAUACAGCAAUCACCCUCCUGAUUCACGGUGCCUCCUUUAUCGACGCAUCCUGGAGCUUCAUAACCAGUUACAUGGGAAUGAUCCAACCGACGCCGCGGGCCCCUCCUACGAUAACCUUUCAAAUACUCCAACGGAUAGCGAAAUCAUGACUCCGCUCUCUGCAUCUAGCGGACAUGCGUCCUUCCAUACGACGGGAUCAUCUGGGUCCGACGGUGUCUCCCCUCAAGAGUGGAAUACAUUAGCCGCUGCUGGCUAUAAUCCUUACUUCCCAAUGGCUUCGGGCGAACACCAUGCCAAUGUAUACAACCACGUUAUUAGCUGA